GCUGAAUUAAAUUAUAAAAUCUAUGUUCCAUUUUUCCCCCGAGUCGAACCUCUUCACUGUUUUUUGGCUCGAUAAGGAAGAGACGAUGGGUGGAUUACCAAUUCAGAGUCCUUCUGUCAUCUCUCUUCAAUCACAGAGGGACCAAGGCCCAACAUCUGUAUCAUCUGGGCCUGGAACAGAUUCAAAGCCCAAGAAGAGGAUUUGCUGUGCUUGCCCUGAGACCAAGAAGCUAAGGGACGAAUGCGUUGUGGAGCAUGGAGAAUCUGCUUGCGAGAAAUGGAUCGAAGCCCACAAGAAAUGCCUCCGUGCGGAAGGCUUCAACGUCUAAAAAAUCGAUUCGGUUCGGUUUGUUUCGUCUUUCGAAGAUAGAAGAAAGAACUUUAAAUUUCUUCGAUGUUGUUUAUGAUUUCGAAAACUAGGUUGGUUUUCUUUUUAUGUAGGUAUGGUUAGAUGAACUCCCAUUGUCCAAAUGCUGAAAAAUAAAAAAUAAAAAGAACUCAUUUGAAUACUAGUGAAAUUUGAAGCUUAUCAGCUUGAAAGGAUGGGAACCGAAUUAUUUUCUUUGGUCUGAUUGUGCUGCAAUCGAAUUCAAAUAAAUUGAUUGGCCUUGUGCUUAAACUAUACAUAGCAUGAGUUUGUUGAUGUCCCUAUUGAUUAGUGUAUUACCUGUGGUUGGGGAAGUGAAUUUUUUUUUUGCAGGCAUCCGAAGAAAAUAAAAUGUAUAUUGACCUGUUCGAAACCCUGGUAGAACAAAAUUUUGAAUUGAAGGGAAAUGGGUUUUAAACAGAAUCAUAGAUUUUUCUUAAAUAACCAUUAUGAGUGAUAGAGAUCGUGUGUAGAACCAUCAAUUUCUUGAGAAAGUAUCGGA